AUGAUCUCCAACAGAUCCCGCUGGGCACUCUUCGUGCUUGCCGUGCUCGCGCUCGGCGCAUCGGCCAACGUGACAUCAAUCGAGAACCUCAGCCUUGAGACACUCGACGAAAAGCUUCAGACAUGCUCCAUCGUUCAGGACCUCAACGCGCACAAGGCCGCCCGCGCCCAAGAACACUCAACCUUCAUCUCCCGACUCUUCGCCGUCCUCUUCCCCGGAAGCCCCGCCGUCAAUGCCCUCCUCGCGACUCUAUACAUCUCCGGUCCACCCAACUUCCUCCUCGCCCUCUGCCCGACGAACAUUGACCCGUCCUCGCUUACCAUCAUGGUGGCCUUCGCCGUGGGAGGUUUGAUGGGCGAUACGUUGUUCCACCUGCUUCCCGAGAUCUUCCUUGGCGAGGAGCAGCAUGGUAAGGUCAAGUUUGUGCUUGUCGAGCCGAAUAGGAAUCUUUUGCUCGGGUUGGCCAUCCUUGUGGGUUUCAUGACGUUUGUGGCUAUGGAUAAGACUUUGAGGAUCUUGACUGGCGGAGCUGGACAUGAUCACAGUCAUGGACACGGACACUCUCACGAGAAUGAGGUAGCUACGUCUGCGUCAUCCUCGUCUGUUGAUACGGGCAAGAAGGGUGCCAAGUCUCGCAAGAAGGGGUCCGUCGAGGCCGAGAAGGACCACGACCAUGACCAUGCUUCGGAGGGCAAGGAGAUUAGCCCUAGUAUGAAGAUGGGUGGUGUCCUCAACCUCAUUGCCGACUUCACGCAUAACAUCACCGACGGCCUCGCCAUGUCAGCCAGUUUCUACGCCUCCCCCACCGUCGGCGCCAGCACCACCCUUGCCGUCUUCCUCCACGAGAUCCCCCACGAGGUCGGCGACUUUGCCCUCCUCGUCCAAUCGGGAUUCUCCAAGCGCGCCGCCAUGGGUGCCCAGUUUGUCACCGCCAUUGGUGCGUUCCUGGGUACCUUGAUCGGAAUCUUCAUCCAGGAGUUUGGUGGCAGCAACGCGGAGGACGACAUGUCCAUGACGGGCGGUAUUUGGGGUACUAGCUUGACCUGGGGUGACAUGCUCCUUCCUUUCACGGCAGGAACGUUCCUUUACGUCGGAACCGUGGCCGUCAUCCCCGAGCUCCUGGAGACGGGCCCCAACAAGGCGCUGGAGCUAAGGAAAACGCUGGGCCAGUUUGCCGCGGUCGCAUUGGGCGCCGGCAUCAUGCUUUUCAUCUCUUGGCACGACUAG